AAUCAACCGUCAAGUCAAGUAGAAAAGUACAAAAAUGGAAAGCAAUGGCGAGGUACCGAAAGGUCCAAAUCACGCAUCUAACGGACAAAUCGUGAAAAAUGACCACGAAACAAUCCUGGACGUGAAAGAAAUCGCCGCGGAAGUUUGCAAUUUGGCCGGAAACCCUACUUACUGUAAAAUCGUAAAAGCUGCUUUGAGAAUGGAAAACCAAGAAAGUGCGCGGAAAAAGAGUCAGAUCGACUUAAGUGUUCUUCCCACCAGAGAAUAUUUGGAUCAAACGGUGGUGCCGAUAUUGCUCAGCGGAUUGUGUUAUUUGGCACAGGAAAGGCCGCCCGAGCCGGUAAUGGCUUUAGCGGAGUUUUUAAUUAAAAACAUUGAGAAGUAUAAUCCUAAUUGAGUGCCCAGAAAUGUUAGCGGUAAUUUUGAAAAGCCAUAAACUUCUUUAUUCGUGUUCAGGCAUGAUGAAA